CGGCUUCAGUCCGUAGUUGCUGAGGGGAAAGAGGGCGCCGCCAUUUUGUCGACAGCGAGGAGAGCAGAGGCCUCAGCCGGGAGCUUGCCCGACGUUCUCUCGCGGCCCAGUCGCAACCGAUUCUUUCCUGUCCUGCCUAGGCUUCGCGCCAACGUAACAUCACGGUGGAGAUGUCGGAAUAUAUCCGAGUUACGGAAGAUGAGAAUGAGGAACCCAUUGAGAUCCCUUCAGAGGAUGAUGGGACUGUGUUACUCUCAACAGUUACUGCUCAGUUCCCAGGGGCGUGUGGUCUGCGUUACAGAAACCCUGUGUCUCAGUGUAUGAGAGGAGUCCGAUUAGUGGAAGGAAUUCUUCACGCACCAGAUAAUGGCUGGGGAAAUUUGGUAUAUGUGGUGAAUUAUCCCAAAGACAACAAGAGGAAAAUGGAUGAAACAGAUGCUUCAUCAGCCGUUAAAGUGAAACGAGCAGUGCAAAAAACCUCUGAUCUGAUAGUUUUGGGUCUUCCAUGGAAAACAACAGAGCAGGAUCUGAAAGAAUAUUUCAGCACAUUUGGAGAAGUUCUCAUGGUGCAGGUUAAGAAGGACAUCAAAACUGGCCACUCAAAGGGGUUUGGUUUUGUAAGAUUUACCGACUAUGAAACCCAAGUGAAAGUCAUGUCUCAGCGUCACAUGAUAGAUGGAAGAUGGUGCGACUGCAAGCUCCCCAAUUCUAAGCAAAGUCCAGAUGAACCUUUGCGUAGCAGGAAGGUGUUCGUUGGGCGUUGCACUGACGACAUGACUGCAGAUGAGCUCCGUCAGUUUUUUUCGCAAUACGGAGAAGUCGUUGAUGUCUUCAUUCCCAAACCAUUCAGAGCUUUUGCCUUUGUUACGUUUGCUGAUGAUCAGGUCGCCCAGUCCCUUUGUGGUGAGGACUUGAUCAUAAAAGGAAUCAGCGUCCAUAUAUCCAAUGCUGAACCUAAGCAUAAUAGCAGUAGACAACUAGAAAGAGGUGGAAGAUUUGGUGGUAAUCCAGGAGGCUUUGGGAAUCAGGGUGGAUUUCCUAACCGCGGGGGAGGCGGGGGAGGGGGCGGGCUGGGCAACAACCAGGGCAGUAACAUGGGGGGCGGGAUGAACUUCGGGGCCUUUAGCAUCAACCCAGCUAUGAUGGCAGCCGCUCAGGCAGCCUUGCAGAGCAGCUGGGGCAUGAUGGGCAUGCUCGCCAGCCAGCAGAACCAGUCUGGGCCGUCAGGGAACAACCAGCCGCAAGGCAACCUGCAGAGGGAGCAGAACCAGGGGUUCAGUUCGGGCAGCAAUUCCUAUGGAGGUUCGAACUCUGGCCCAGCGAUAGGGUGGGGCUCGUCCAGCACGGGCUCCGGCAGCGGGUUUAAUGGUGGCUUUGGCUCAAGCAUGGAUUCCAAAUCAUCUGGCUGGGGGAUGUAGGCAGCCUUGUACUGACUCUGGUGGGAAAUCAGAUUUUUUUUUUCUAGAGCUCCUGGUAAGUAUAAUAUAAAAUGCAUAUACUAAAAGAAAAAAAAACCAAAUCGAUUUGUUCAGUGUGUAGUAUAUUUCAAUAGUAUUUUUGACACUUUUUUUCUUUUGUAAGGGGGAAAAAAAAGAUUAAAUGAAGUUUUAUAGGUUUUGUUACAAUGAGUUGGAAUACAUGAGUUGGGAUAUUGAGUGGCUGAAAGUGAACUGUUUGCCUAACUGGUAAACGGAUGUGCUGCGAUUUAAUAGGAAUUUGUAAAAAUUUGAUUCCUCGUUUCCUAGUCAGCCGAGAUCUUUGCAUGUUUCAAAAAAAUGGAAGCCAUUUUUCAGAAACUGCAUCCUAUCCUUAUUAGUUUUUUUCUUUUAAAAUUUAAUUUGAUCCCCCCGCCAUAAGAAUUUUUCUCUCUUUCUCUCCUUCCCCCUCCCCCAAAUGUCCUGUGUGGAGAAUGCAAUGUUGGUGUCGGCUUUUUUUCCUUUUAACACUGUCUCCCUUCUCAUACUAAAGUACGGUAUGGAGACCUCAUUUAGUCCUUGCAGUUCAUCUCAUUUCAAAUGUGUCUGGAAGAAGCACUUCAUUGAAAACAGUGCAGUUAAAAAAAUACACACACAAACACACACACACACACACACACA